UUCUCUUCCAGGAAACUGUCCGACCUCCAGACCAACGACAGACUCAACAACAGUCAGGACCAUCCUGUCUGUGCUGAUUGCUGUCAUAGUGGUCCUGUGUGUGCUGCUGUUGGUGGUGUGCGUCCUGGUGCUGCAGCACAGACGGAAACACAACAACAAAGCCGUGACGCCCGGCCCUGCGACUGAGGACACGUCACAACAAGACGGUGCAUCCAGUUACCACGAGUGUCCACCGGACUUGUCCAACAACGGGGCCCUAGUCAUGUCCCAGAGCAGGUUGUUCUAUGGAGUCCGAGCUAAAUCUGCGGACGCCAUUCUGGUAUCGUCCUCCUGUCCUGCUGUUGGACACGUGGAAGUCAUUUUACAGGAUGAGACCAAGAAUCAGGCGGACGGAGGAGACGAGGACACAGGUGGAGAGACUGUGGAGAGAAAAGGACGUCAGACUGAAGGUUCAAACGACGUGAUGCAGGAGAACAGCUCCCCCCUACAGGCAGACACUGGUAUCGCUGACACUGUCACUUAUCUGAGCAUCGGUACCAAUCCUGAAAACAUCGAUGAAAAAUCACCGACCACCGACGGUUUGGGUCAAAGGUCAGGAAAGGGAAAAGUCAUGCAAAGGAUCUCCACGUGGCCUUUGACCGCGGCACAGUGGCAGAGAAGAUGUAAAGAGAAGGAGAAGGAGGAGGAGAGGAGUGAGGAGGAGACGUCUCCUGAUGAAGGAGAGAAAGAAGAAAUCGUGAAGCCUCAGAGAGAAGCCUCAAACCACGAUGGUACAAACAAGAUAUCAAGGCACAAUCUGUCAUCAAAACUAGAUCACAUGACGGCGUCUUCCAGGGCGACUCGGACCAAGGCUAACAUCGAACGAGACGAUUUCACCACUGCCAGAUGGACGUCACAAAAAAGUCCAACUGACGGCGUCAAAGCAACUGACAAAUCUGCACAAAAGAUGAAAGGCCAGCGAAGAGAACAAGGACGAGCGGAGUUGUCGGAAAACAGAAGCGUUAACUCUAAGGCUCCCUCUAGUGGUGGUGCGUCACCCGAUGAUCGGACGCUGUUGAGUGGCAAUGAGUACGCCUUCAUGGACCUGCUGCACGAGGUGGUGCAGAACAGAGGCCGCUGGACCAGAGAAAGGUGGAGGCAGAUGCAUUCCAACCAGCAGAAGCGCUGAAAGCAUCAUUCACAGAGAAGCCAAUUACACUAAUGAAUUAACAGCAGUAAUGUGUUACCGUGACCACCUUCAAAUUAAAUAUUGAUGUCUUUCCACAGUUACAAACGAAAUAAAAAAUUAUUUUUUUUCCGAUUUUUGAAAUGAAAAUUAUGAUCUCCACUAUAAAAAUGAAUGAACAACAAGAUCAAGGAUAAAUGUCCAAAUGUUUGUAUCUGUAGUACACACGUAGAUAUGUAUACAGUGGUCCCUCUCCUAUUGCGGUAGUUACGUUCCAAUACCCACUGUGAAAUGUGAAAAAUCACGCAAAGGCGAGAUAGUUAUUAUAUUAUUUACGUUUAUAUUUACCCUUUACAAACUCCACCACACUGUUAUCAAGCCCCCCCCCCCAGGACAGUAGAGUUGUAUAAUGAUGAUGCAGAGUGAAGUCAAAAUGCAAACUUUUCAUGUCAAUUUUGGUCAACAUCUAAUAAAUGUUGACAAAAAGUUUUGUAAAAUUAUUUUUCAAAAUUGUAUCUUUUCCUGCACAUUUCUCAUAAAAUUAGGGCAUUUAGAGAAUAUUUUUUGAAAAUUCUUUUAAACAACAUUUUCUGUCAAAAUGUGAACUUGUCAGUUUUGAUCAAAAUCUAAUAAAUCUGGAUGAAAAGUUUUGUAAAAU